CGCUUCUCCUUUGACCUAUUUUUAUUUUUAUUAUUAUUCUCCAAACAACACAACGCAACUUCAACACCUUUGGCUUUCAGCACCCGAAACCCAACCCAACCAGUUGGAGAGCUAUCGAUUAGAGUCACGCAGGAUGAGCUCGCAAGAGCGAAGCCAGCGGUCUAGGGUUCCUCGUCAGGAAUGGAUUCGUCGAGGAUCUACCGAUCAGAGUCAGAGUCAGAUUCAGAAUCAGAAUCAAAAUGGUGCCGCCACUGCCGCCGCCACCGCUGCUGGUUCAUCCAAUACAACAAAUCGCCAUAGGAGGAGCGGUCCUAUUCCUAGUCCCAAUCCCAAUUCCAAUCCCAAUCCCAAUCCUAAUCCCAAUCCCAAUCCCAAUCCGAAGAAUAAUGUGCAGAAGAGAUUCAAUUCGAGGGACUCUAAUUUGCCCCAGCUGUUGCAAGAGAUUCAGGAGAAGCUCGUGAAAGGUGCGGUCGAAUGCAUGAUUUGCUGUGACAUGGUGCGGAGGUCUGCGCCAAUUUGGUCUUGCUCCAGUUGCUUCUCCAUCUUUCACCUUAAUUGUAUAAAGAAGUGGGCGCGUGCACCCACUUCUGUGGAUGUGUCUGUGGACAAGAAUCAGCGGUUUAAUUGGCGGUGCCCUGGUUGUCAAUCUGUGCAGCUCACAUCGUCCAAGGAGAUUCGGUAUGUUUGCUUCUGUGCGAAGAGGCCUGACCCCCCUUCCGACUUGUAUCUCUUGCCACAUUCCUGUGGAGAACCAUGUGCCAAACCCCUUGAAAGGGAGCUUGGGGGGGAUAAGGAGGUUCUUUGUCCUCAUGUUUGUGUCUUGCAAUGCCAUCCCGGUCCUUGCCCUCCUUGCAAAGCAUUUGCACCUCCACGUUUGUGUCCUUGUGGGAAGAAAAAUGUUACCACCCGUUGUUCUGACCGCCAGUCUGUUCUUACCUGUGGCCAGCGCUGUGAAAAGCUUCUUGAAUGUGGGCGGCAUCGGUGUGAACAAAUCUGUCAUCUGGGACCUUGUGAUCCUUGUAAGAUUCCUGUCAAUGCCUCUUGCUUUUGCAGUAAAAGGACGGAGCUCAUUCUUUGUGGGGAAAUGGCUCUGAAAGGUGAAAUCAAAACCGAAGGUGGAGUUUUCUCUUGCGGUUCAACCUGUGGAAAGAAACUUGGUUGCGGUAAUCAUAUUUGUAUCGAGACGUGUCAUCCCGGCAGCUGUGGGGAGUGUGGAUUGUUACCAUCCCAUAUUAAGACAUGCUGUUGUGGGAAAACUAGAUUGAAGCAGGAACGACAGAGUUGUUUAGACCCUAUACCUACCUGUUCACAAGUAUGUGGGAAGACCCUUCCUUGCGGGAUUCAUCAUUGUGAAGAGGCAUGCCACGCUGGGGAUUGUUCUCCUUGUUUGGUUCUAGUCUCCCAGAAGUGUCGAUGUGGCUCUACUUCCCGAACUGUGGAGUGCUGUAAGACAAAAGUGGACGCUGUGAAAUUUACUUGUGAAAAGCCUUGUGGGCAGAAAAGGAAUUGUGGAAGGCAUAGAUGCAGUGAACGGUGUUGUCCACUUUCUAAUCCAAAUAAUGUUCAAAUUGCGGAUUGGGAUCCACACUUCUGUUCAUUACCAUGUGGAAAGAAGCUAAGGUGUGGGCAGCAUGCAUGUGAAUCCCUAUGCCACAGUGGUCAUUGUCCACCUUGUCUUGAAACUAUAUUUACUGAUUUGACAUGUGCUUGUGGCAAGACUUCAAUCCCUCCUCCAUUGCCUUGUGGCACACCUCCUCCCUCGUGUCAGCUUCCAUGUUCUGUUCCUCAGCCUUGUUCACAUCCAGCGUCUCACAGCUGCCAUUUUGGGGAUUGCCCUCCUUGUUCAGUGCCUGUAGCAAAAGAAUGUAUUGGUGGGCAUGUAAUUCUUCGGAACAUACCCUGUGGUUCAAAGGAUAUUAGAUGCAAUAAACUAUGUGGGAAGACCAGACAGUGCGGUUUACAUGCAUGUGGUAGAACAUGUCACCUCCCACCUUGUGAUAAUCCAUCUACAGUGCCGGGUACCCGUGCCUCUUGUGGGCAAACAUGUGGUGCUCCAAGAAGGGACUGCCGCCAUACAUGUACAGCUCCUUGUCACCCUUCAACUCCAUGUCCAGACACGAGAUGCGAAUUCCCUGUCACAAUUACAUGUUCUUGUGGCCGAAUGACAGCGAAUGUUCCUUGUGAUGCUGGUGGAAGCUCUGCUAAUUAUAAUGCCGAUGCUGUACACGAAGCUUCCAUUAUCCAAAAGUUGCCUGUGUUGCUUCAACCUGUUGCUGCAAAUGGCAAGAAAGUUCCUCUUGGACAAAGAAAACUGAUGUGUAAUGAUGACUGUGCUAAGUUAGAACGUAAACGGGUACUUGCAGAUGCCUUUGAGAUAACUGCUCCAAAUCUGGAUUCUCUCCAUUUUGGUGACAAUCCUGGUACUUCUGAAUUGCUUUCUGACAUGUUGAGACGUGAUCCUAAAUGGGUUUUAUCUGUUGAGGAGAGAUGCAAGGUUUUGGUUCUUGGCAAGAACAGGGGAAAUACACAAGGUCAAAAAAUCCAUAUUUUCUCUCCUAUGAUAAAGGACAAAAGAGAUACAGUGAGGGUCAUUGCUGAAAGAUGGAAGCUUGCGGUGUAUGUAGCUGGUCGUGAGCCAAAGCGUUUUGUAGUUGUUCAUGUUACCCCAAAAUCGAGAGCUCCUGCUCGUGUGCUAGGGGUUAAGGGAACUACAACUGUAAAUGCACCCCUUCCUCCUGCAUUCGAUCCUUUAGUAGAUAUGGAUCCUCGGCUUGUUGUCUCUUUUCUAGACUUACCAAGGGAGGCAGAUAUCAGUGCACUGGUGCUGAGAUUUGGUGGUGAGUGUGAACUUGUUUGGUUAAAUGACAAAAAUGCACUGGCUGUUUUUAAUGAUCCAGCCCGAGCUGCAACUGCAAUGAGGAGGUUGGAUCAUGGUACUGUUUAUCAGGGAGCCGUGGUAGUGAUUGUUCCGAAUGUUGGGGCAUCAGCAGCAUCUUCAGCCACCAAUGCUUGGGGAGGAUCUGGGACAAUGAAAGGAGGAGGAUCACUGGCAGCAUUGAAGGGGGGUAAUCCGUGGAAAAAAGAUGUUCAAGAGCCAGGUUGGAAAGAUUCUUGGGGUGAUGAGGAGUGGGCUACUGGUUCUGCUAAUGUGCAUUUGCCUAUUCAGAAGAAAGAUUCCCUCAUAUCUACUUCAGUAAACCCUUGGAGUGUCUUAAAUCAAGAAUCUUCUUCAAGUUCAUCUGCUGCAGCUGUUAAAGUUGAUGUUUCCAAGGAACACUCAGAAAGUAGUGCUGUCACAAACUUGGAGCCUCAUGAUGGCGGUUCAAAUCUAGGACAGCAUGCAGGAAACUUGGAUACUUUAGAAGAUUCUGAGGUAGUAGAUGAUUGGGAGAAGGCUUGUGAAUAUUUGAUGCCCUUUCUUUUUCAAUUUUGUAACAUUGGUUGCGUUUUAGAUUCUUCUUCUUUCGAACCCAACAGAAAAGAAAACAUGNCUUGUGGCCGAAUGACAGCGAAUGUUCCUUGUGAUGCUGGUGGAAGCUCUGCUAAUUAUAAUGCCGAUGCUGUACACGAAGCUUCCAUUAUCCAAAAGUUGCCUGUGUUGCUUCAACCUGUUGCUGCAAAUGGCAAGAAAGUUCCUCUUGGACAAAGAAAACUGAUGUGUAAUGAUGACUGUGCUAAGUUAGAACGUAAACGGGUACUUGCAGAUGCCUUUGAGAUAACUGCUCCAAAUCUGGAUUCUCUCCAUUUUGGUGACAAUCCUGGUACUUCUGAAUUGCUUUCUGACAUGUUGAGACGUGAUCCUAAAUGGGUUUUAUCUGUUGAGGAGAGAUGCAAGGUUUUGGUUCUUGGCAAGAACAGGGGAAAUACACAUGGUCAAAAAUUCCAUAUUUUCUCUCCUAUGAUAAAGGACAAAAGAGAUGCAGUGAGGUUCAUUGCUGAAAGAUGGAAGCUUGCGGUGUAUGUAGCUGGUCGUGAGCCAAAGCGUUUUGUAGUUGUUCAUGUUACCCCAAAAUCUAGAGCUCCUGCUCGUGUGCUAGGGGUUAAGGGAACUACAACUGUAAAUGCACCCCUUCCUCCUGCAUUCGAUCCUUUAGUAGAUAUGGAUCCUCGGCUUGUUGUCUCUUUUCUAGACUUACCAAGGGAGGCAGAUAUCAGUGCACUGGUGCUGAGAUUUGGUGGUGAGUGUGAACUUGUUUGGUUAAAUGACAAAAAUGCACUGGCUGUUUUUAAUGAUCCAGCCCGAGCUGCAACUGCAAUGAGGAGGUUGGAUCAUGGUACUGUUUAUCAGGGAGCCGUGGUAGUGAUUGUUCCGAAUGUUGGGGCAUCAGCAGCAUCUUCAGCCACCAAUGCUUGGGGAGGAUCUGGGACAAUGAAAGGAGGAGGAUCACUGGCAGCAUUGAAGGGGGGUAAUCCGUGGAAAAAAGAUGUUCAAGAGCCAGGUUGGAAAGAUUCUUGGGGUGAUGAGGAGUGGGCUACUGGUUCUGCUAAUGUGCAUUUGCCUAUUCAGAAGAAAGAUUCCCUCAUAUCUACUUCAGUAAACCCUUGGAGUGUCUUAAAUCAAGAAUCUUCUUCAAGUUCAUCUGCUGCAGCUGUUAAAGUUGAUGUUUCCAAGGAACACUCAGAAAGUAGUGCUGUCACAAACUUGGAGCCUCAUGAUGGCGGUUCAAAUCUAGGACAGCAUGCAGGAAACUUGGAUACUUUAGAAGAUUCUGAGGUAGUAGAUGAUUGGGAGAAGGCUUGUGAAUAGUGAAGAGAAGACAAGGAGUAAACCAUUUUUUUUAGUCUCAAUUUUACAUUUUUUUUGAGAAGGAGGCUGAUAUUGUAUCUCCUAGUCUCUUAUUUUUGUUUGGCAUGAGGUGGACAUCACCGUACUUUUUGGGUUAAUAUUUUAAUUUUCGUAGUGGAAAAAAAUGGAGUGGUGAUGUAUCAAGCGAUUGAAAAAAGAAACUUUGGUUUGAUGCCAUGGAUAGGGUGUAGUUCUUUUGCUGAUCGGAAAUUAUUAAUUCCAUAGUAGCA